CAGGAGCGAGAACGAACAUCAACCACAGCAACUUCUACUAACCACACCAGCAGCACGCAGAGCCCUUCCAGGACCUGGACCUUCAUUCUCUGAUUAUUAUUCUGCUGUAAUAUCCCCCAUCAUGGGAGCCGAUGGCGCGUCUUCCAUCUCUGUCAUCGUCCGUGUUCGCCCAUUCACAAUCCGCGAGGCGGCGCAACUAGCAAAAUGCGACGACCAAACACUGUUCCUGGGAGAUGGAUCGCUCGCAGCUGCACCGACACCGAAGCUGACCUCGAAGGGAUUGCGUUCUGUCAUCAAGGUGAUAGACGACAAGUGCCUUGUUUUUGAUCCACCAGAGGACAGCCCCGUCCAGCGAUUCUCACGCUCGGUCCUGCCUCAGGGCAAACGCGUCAAAGAUCAAACAUUCGCAUUCGAUCAUGUUUUCGACCAAAGCACAUCCCAGGGCGAUAUAUAUGACUCGACGACAAAGGGGCUCUUGGAUAGUGUUCUGGAGGGAUACAAUGCCACUGUUUUCGCGUACGGAGCUACGGGAUGCGGAAAGACUCAUACCAUCACGGGUACGGCACAACAGCCUGGCAUCAUCUUCCUAACGAUGCAGGAACUCUUCGAGAAGAUACAGGACGUCCAAGAGGAAAAGGUUACAGAAGUCACGCUCUCUUACCUGGAGAUCUACAAUGAGACAAUUCGUGAUCUGCUCGUCGAGGGUGGAAGCAAGACAGCGCUCAUGCUUCGGGAGGAUGCAAACCAAUCUGUCUCGGUGGCGGGGCUCUCCAGCCAUCGGCCACAAAACGUGCAAGAGGUCAUGGACAUGAUUGUGCGGGGCAACGAGUACCGCACAAUGUCUCCAACCGAAGCCAAUGCAACAUCCUCCCGAUCCCACGCCGUCCUUCAAAUCAACAUUUCUUCUAAAGAUCGCAACGCACCCGUGAACGAACCUCAUACAAUGGCAACUCUCAGCAUCAUUGAUCUUGCAGGAAGUGAGCGAGCAAGUGUAACGAAGAAUCGAGGAGCACGCCUGUUGGAAGGUGCAAACAUCAACAAAUCAUUGCUCGCACUGGGUAGCUGUAUCAACGCCCUCUGCGAUCCACGAACUCGGAACCAUAUCCCGUACCGAAACUCGAAGCUCACCCGUCUGCUCAAGUUUUCCUUGGGAGGUAACUGUCGCACUGUCAUGAUUGUCUGCGUCAGUCCUUCGAGCGCACAUUUCGACGAGACGCAAAACACACUCCGAUACGCCAAUCGUGCGAAGAACAUCCAGACCAAGGUCACCAAGAACGUCUUCAAUGUCAACCGCCACGUGAAGGAUUACUUGAAGAAGAUUGAUGAGCAGCGGCAGCUGAUCGAUGAGUUGAUGAAGAAACAGAAGGACAACGAUGCUAGCGCGUUUAUCAAGUUCCAAAAGCAGACCGAAAAGAAGGAAGUCGUCCUCCGAGAAGCCAUUCUCCGAUUGCGCCAGGCGUAUGAUGAUUCAGCGGAGGAACGCCGGGCCCGUCUAAUGACAAUGAAGACCCUGAAGCAGGCCGAAAAGCGUGUCGCCCUGAUACAAUCUUGGAUCGCUGCAUUCGAUACCGUCUGCGAGAAUCGUGAAGGUGAGGAUGCGCCAGAGGCUCUCAGUGCCAUGCGAAAGGAAGCGGUAGGAGUGUCAGUUGAGCUUGAGCAGACCAGACAGCACUGCCACCGCAAGAUUGAGAGGACCUACUGGACUAGCGGUCUCGAUACUGCCCUCCAAAUUGGUCUGAGACAACUCACCGAGGUCGACGGUUCUACCGAUAGCCAUGAUGCCGCAAAUCUCACACGUGAGUACGAACUGUUGAAGUCGAUCGCAGACAGGGAAGCAUACAUGGCCAUGCUCGACCAAGACAAGGGUGGCGAUGCAGCUAUUGUGCAGGUGCUUUUGCAAGCUCAUCUGGAAACAGUCGCCAUCCUCAACCAGAUCACGAUGAUGGAAGAAGCGGAUGCUAUCCAGGCUGCCAGGAAGGUCCUCGCCAAGAUCAUGAACUCCUGCACCAACGCUUCGGCGCAAGCGAUUCGACCGGACCGCAACCUUCCAGUGACAGAAUACUUUGCCCCGAGCAACAAAGGAACGCCCAAGCGGAGAAAGCCCGUCCAGAUCAAGGAUCCCUCGCCAAUGAAACCAAUCGCGAUGCCAGCAUUGUCCACCGUGAUGGAAGCACCGCACCUCACAGCGUCACCUAUGAAGGGUUCGCCACGCCGCAGAAAAGUGGCCGGGCCGAAGAAGGGUGUUCAAUUCACGCCCAAGAAGAAGUCACCUUCCAAGGUCAAGCGUGCCGUGCGCUGGAGGGAUGACACCGAGGAUGGAACCUUGGCCGAGUUUCAAAAGACCCCCGAGCAGUUCGAGGCGACACCAACGAGUUCGUCAAUGGACUUGCCGCCACCUACCCUUCCCAGUGUCAUGAGCGUUCCUGAACAGCAAGGUUCCUCUCCGGUUCCCAGCCCUCCGCAAGCUUCCCUAGAACUCAAAGCCCGUCCCAGCCGUUUCCAAGCUGGCUUUCUCUCAAAGAAGUCGGAUGGAUCACCACCACCUCCUACCAUGACAACGUUUUCUUCCGACUCGGAGCGCUCUCCUUUGUCGCCAUUGCGCGAGAGUGGCACGAAUACCAUCCGUCUAUCCUCUCUUAGCAAUGCAGAGACUAUGACGGCCUCUUCGGACAGCACGCCCAUGGAGAGCGGUGCAUCCGGAUCUGAUGAAGAGAAAUGGACCAGCUCUGAUGCUCGCAAGAUUGGAAGCGCUAUGCGACGACGCUCAUCGACAAAUGGUAGCAUUUCUGCCAAUGCCAGUCGUGCCCACCGACGUCGAAGCCCCACCGCUGCGACAUCGUGCAGCCCACCCAACGAGAACUCGAUGCUCUCCGCUGGAGCAGCGCGGCGUAUGGGAAAGCGAGAAGGUGAGGGCUGGCAGAAUAGUGUUCUGAGCCCUCGCACUGCUCCGAUCGUCAAAGGUGCCGCUCGACGAACCACCAUGACCAUGGCUGGUGAAGACCGCCAACGAGACAGCUCAGCCCUCAAGAGAGAGCCCGUACGUUUGACUAGUGGUUCUCGCGGAAGCCUCGCGGGUGGUCCCAAGAGCGUCUGGCGCUGAGGUAUCUCUCCCAAAAGUAUCCGUCGGUGAUAGAGCAGGACAGCACCGCGGGUCGAUUGUUGUGAUCUGCUGGCAUGACUGUGGAUUUCGCUUCUUCCUAAUACUCCAUUUGAUUAUACCAGGUGUUUUUGCAGUCUCGUUUCAAAGGGCAGAGUGUAAGCGAGUGACUGGCGUUUUUGAUGAUUGGAUGUCUGAAUUUUCCCAUUGUUCGCCCAUAAAUCUUGGAAGAAAACCCUACUUUAGCAUGGCCGGAGGUUCGGUGUUUUUUGGUGUCCUUUGUUUUCUUUUCAUUAUAGGACUCACGGUCUAUGGGCGUUCAAGUGUUUCUAUAUCUUGUGGUGCCAGAAGGAAAGGGCAUGGUUGAGGUGCGUUUCCUCUAUCUCGUAAGAAAGAGGUGUCCAGAAUACCAA